UUCGAGCGACCACGUCCUCGACUCCCCUUCCGUUCUGGCUUCUUGGCCGUCUUCCGCCACAAAAUGUCGCUCGCUAUGGCGUUCUAUAAGAAGGAGGACGAAAGCGCUUCCGGGCUGAGCUCCUACUAUAACAACAAAACGACCAUCAUUCAGGAAGCCCGCGUCUUCAACGAGUCUCCAAUCAGCCCCCGCAAAUGUCGAGCGCUGCUUACGCGCAUCGUGUACCUCCUAUACGUGGGCGAGAAUUUCAACACACAAGAGGCUACUACUCUCUUCUUCGGCGCUACCAAGCUGUUCCAGCACAAAGAUGCCGCCCUGCGACAGGCGGUAUACCUCGCCAUUAAGGAACUCGCAACGACGGCAGAAAAUGUCAUGAUGCUAACGAGCAGCAUCCAAAAAGACAUGCAGCCCAAUGCGGAGGUCAUCUAUCGGCCCAAUGCCAUUCGGGCCCUUUGCCAUAUCAUCGACCCUUCUAUGGCUCAAGGUGUCGAACGCUUUUUCAAAGCUGCCAUCGUCGACCGAAACCCUUCCAUUUCAUCCGCUUCGUUGAUCUCGGCAUACCAUAUGUUCCCGCAAGCUAAGGAUGUUGUCAAGCGCUGGGUUAAUGAAGCGCAAGAGGCCGUGAACAUCAAAACCGGUGGCUACUUUGGAUCCUCAGUAACGGGUGGAGGUUUCUUCGGCGGCGGGAGCCAAAGCAACGCACAAACCGUACCUUCCUCCAGCAAUAUCACACAAUACCAUGCACUCGGACUGCUCUAUCUUAUUCGUCAACAAGACCGCAUGGCCGUUACAAAAAUGAUCCAACAACUGGGUGGAGGGAAAUCCGGUUCGGGAACGACAUUGAAAAACGCCAUGGCGUUGUGUAUGCUCAUCCGAUAUGCGGCCAAGGUCAUGGAGGAGGAUCCCAACGUCCAACGACAAAUGGUUGAGUUGCUCGAAGGCUGGCUUAGGCAUAAGAGCGACAUGGUCAACUUUGAAGCAGCCCGUGUUCUCUGCGAAAUGAAGAAUGUGACACCUGCUCAACUGACCAAGUCGAUAGCUGUCCUCCAACUCUUCCUGUCUUCUCCCAAGCCUGUUCUUAAAUUCGCCGCUACUCGAACGCUUGCUGCUCUCGCUGUCACACAUCCUUCCAAUGUCGCCGCUUGCAAUGUUGAUCUCGAAAGUCUCAUCACAGAUCAGAACCGCAGUGUUGCUACCUAUGCCAUCACUACUCUGCUCAAGACUGGUAAUGAAGCCUCUGUAGACCGUCUCAUCAAACAGAUUACCGGCUUCAUGUCAGAAAUCAGCGACGAAUUCAAGGUCAUCAUUGUUGACGCGAUCCGCUCUCUUUGCCUCAAAUUCCCUGCCAAACACGCCGCGAUGCUCACAUUCCUUUCUGGUGUCCUUCGUGACGAGGGUGGUUAUGACUUUAAACGCGCGGUUGUUGAAGCUAUCUUCGAUAUGAUCAAAUUCAUCAGCGAGUGCAAGGAGCAGGCGCUGUCGCAUCUCUGCGAGUUCAUUGAGGAUUGCGAGUUCACAAAACUCUCUGUUCGCAUCCUUCACUUGCUCGGUAUCGAAGGGCCCAAAGCCUCCCAGCCCGCCAAAUUCAUUCGUUUCAUUUACAAUCGCGUUGUCCUGGAAAAUGCGCCAGUGCGAGCUGCCGCUGUGUCCAGUUUAGCCAAAUUUGGCCUCAAUUCCAACGACGAGGCCCUCAACCAAAGUGUUGGUGUCCUUCUGAAUCGAUGCUUAGACGAUGUCGAUGAUGAAGUUCGCGACCGUGCUGCUAUGUACCUCAAGGUCUUCAAGAAGCAAACCCUCGUCGAACCGUACGUGAAGGAAGAUUCCGUAUUGUCUUUGGCUGCUUUGGAGUCGAAGCUUGUUGCCUACGUCAAGGAUCCUGCUGCUUCUGCACAAGCGUUUGAUGUUUCUGGUAUUCCCAAGAUCAGCCGUGCUCAAGCCGCUGCUGAGGCUGCCCGACCCAGCUCAUUGGAUACAAUCGGUGUUCCGUCUACUCAAACUGGGUCAUCUGCGGCCCCUCCACCAACUGCAGCGGAGACUCAAAGUGCAUACGCGGAACAACUUGCUGCUGUCCCGUCGUUCGAGCCUUAUGGAGCUGUGCUUAAUAGCAGCACCCGGCUUGCGGAGCUUUCGGAAAGCGAGACCGAAUACCAAGUUACCUGCGUCAAACAUAUUUUCAAAGAGCACGUUGUCUUCCAGUUCAAUGUCUCGAACACGAUCCCAGACACCGUCCUCGAGCAGGUUACGGUGGCGAUGGCCACGUCAGAAGAUUCUGGUCUUACACAGGACUUCAUCCUUCCUAUUCCCAGCCUGACUGCGACAAGUUCGCCUGGAAUAACGUAUGUCUCGUUCACAAGGGACGUGCCCACGGAUUAUGCGACUGCUUCGUUCCCUUGUACCUUGCAAUUUGUCAGCAAGGAGCUCGAUCCGACAACUGGUGAACCUGAAGAGGAAGGCUAUGAGGACGAAUACCAACUGGAAGAGGUCGAGCUUAGUGCGGGCGGAGAUUACAUCGUUCCUUCAUAUGCUUCGUUCGGCUCCGAAUGGGAUCGGAUGAAGGGCGGGCCGAGUGUGACGGAAACGUUUGGACUGGGAGCGGCUGUGGACAGUCUGAAGGCUGCCUGCGACUCGAUCAUCGAAGUACUCAACAUGGAACCCUUGGGCGGGACAGAAAGCCCGACAUCUUCCUCGGUGCAUACGCUGCAGCUGUCGGGAUUGGUCACGGGCGGAGGUGGGAAGGUGCUUGUACGGUGCCGAAUGACGUUCUCGCAAGGUGUUGGCGUUACGCUGGAGCUUGGGGUCCGCGCGGAACACCAAGACGUCUGUCAACUUGUGGUCAACGCUGUUGGUGGUUAG